ACAGAAGAAGAGGCUGUUCUUCAUACGUUUCAUUCUCACUGGACAAAACUAACUGAAAUCUCGCACCCGUUCCAUUCUAUAUAUCUCCUAUCUCUCUCUCUCGAUAACAUAUUUCCUUUCGUACGAAACCAAAACCCUAAUCCCUAUUCUGAAACCCAAAAUUCAUUUUGUUCCAAUUUUCUCUACCGCUUUUGCUUUCCACAGUCCCAAAAAUUCUUGUUUGGUUCUCUCUGUGAGACGCAUUGUUCUGGUUGAGAAUAGACUGAGGCGGUUAUUGAGACGGUUACGUUUUGGCGUAAUUAUCAUCGACGGAGGCUAGGGUUAGUUCUCCAUCUCUAUCGCUCCCUCCGCGAGUGCCUUUCUCUCUCUGAAAUUCCCUGUAUUUAGGGUAAGAAUUUUGUGCUAUUCAAACCCUAGGUCCUGAUAGUAAUACAGAUACAUGUGGAGGCUCUAGGGUUUCUAUUUUUUACAUAUUUGCUUGGCCUUCAAACUAUAAUUCUGUUAUUCGUUAGGGUUUCUUCUCUGUUUCAUGGGAGUGAACUCCUGUUUAAGAACCCUGGGCUUUCUUGUUCUUCUUCCAUUGUUGAAUUAGUUCUGUUUUUGUGAAUCGGUUCGAUUUUUCUCCGUAGAGAUGAGGGUCUUCUGAGCGUGUUGUUAUCAUCUGCCAAUCCAUCUUUAAUUAAAGAUGGAGAUGUAGAUAGGCUUUUUUCUUCCAUACAAUAUUCUUGCAUUGCCUUUGUUCUCGUGCUCUGGGUUCUCACCUGCGAAAAAUUUUCUUCUCUUGAUUGAAAAAUAGAUGCUAUUAAGCCUGGGUUUGAUGAAGGAUCUCUUGAGUUCACAAAAAUAUAGGUGAGUAAAGUUGGGGCAGUAACGUCCCGAAGUGGUGGUGGUUCGUGGUUGUGAAGCAGGGUUGUUUGUUUGGGGAUACAACCUAGUAUCUGUGCAGAAGGGUGACGGUUUUCGUUCUCUGGGUCCACCCCGCUGUGAAAUUUUUCUUAUCCUGAUUAACAUUCUACGGACAUACCUAGUUGUGAAAGUAUAGAAGAGCCCAUCAAGGUCAUACAUAUAUUGGUUAGUGUGUUUGGAGAACUGACUGGCUUCAUUGGCCAUAAUUAUUAAGUUUAGUUUAGGGUGAGGAAAUUGCAGAAUUGCUGUCAAAACUUUGUUAUUUUGCGUUGAAAACUGUGGAAAAAGAGUGGAGCUGGUGAAGGUGAGAAGUGUUGUUUGUUCCAUUUUUGAUCAUGUUCAGUGCUCCUUAUGGAAAGAAGUGAACCCACAUUAUUUCCAGAAUGGUUGAGAAAUACUGGAAGUGUUACUGGGGGUGGCAUUUCAGCCCACCAUUCUGCGUCAACUGCUGCUCAUUCAGAUGGUCCUUCAUUGGCUCAUCACACAAGAACUAGAAAUUCUAAGGGCGUAAGUGAUUUUGAUGCCCCACGUUCUGCUUUUCUGGACCGGGCAUCUUCAUCAAAUUCACGCAGGAGUUCUACUAAUGGCUCUGCAAAGCAUGCAUACAGUAGUUUUAAUAGAAAUCACCGCGACAAGGAAAAAGAAAGGUCAAGCUUCAGGGAUCACUGGGACCAUGACUCUUCUGAUCCUCUAGGAAGCAUCUUUCCCAGUAGGGUAGAGAAGGACAAGCUGUGGCGUUCUCAAUCUAUGGUUUCCAGGAAACAGGGUGAACCGUUGCCCCGAAGAGUUGCUGUGGAUUUUAAAAACAGCAGCAGUAGCAAUCACAAUGGCAAUGGUGUGCAUUCUGCGGGUAGUGUUGGUAGUAGUAUGCAAAAGGCAGUGUUUGAGAAAGAUUUUCCCUCACUUGGUACUGAAGAAAGGCAAGGAGCACCUGAUAUAGGAAGAGUUUCAUCUCCUGGUUUGAGUUCAGCUGUUCAGAGUUUACCUGUAGGUAGUGCAGCUUUGAUUGGUGGGGAGGGAUGGACAUCAGCGCUGGCAGAGGUGCCGACCAUUAUUGGCAGCAGUAGUAGAGGAUCCUUAUCUGUUCAACAUACUGGUUCUGCCACCUCAGGAUCUGGGGCUCUGAGUGCAAUGGCCGGUCUUAACAUGGCUGAAGCCUUGGCUCAAGCUCCACCACGAGUUGGUAUUACUCCUCAGGUCUCUGUUAAUUCACAGAGACGUGAGGAACUGGCUUUUAAGCAAUCAAAGCAAUUAAUACCUGUUACACCUUCGAUGCCUAAAGCCUUGGUCCUCAAUUCUACUGAUAAAUCUAAGCCCAAAACGGUGGUCAGAGCUAUGGAAGCAAAUGUUGCUGCCAAGAGCGGGCAGCUUCAGCCAACUUCUUUGCAACAUGUUAAUCAAUCUCCUCGUGGUGGACAUAGCAAGCCUGAUGCUUCAAAGACAUCGCAUGGAAAGUUUCUUGUUUUGAAACCAACAUGGGAAAAUGGUGUUUCCCCCACUCUGAAGGAUGUUGCUAGUCCAACACACACUUCCACCUGCAAAGCAGCAGAUAGCCAGCUUCCUGUUACUCCAUCUGUUGCAUCUUCUCCUUUGCGGAGCCCCCACCACCUUAAGAAUCCCUCUUUGGAUCGCAAAGCAGCUGCAUUGAAUCUGAAAUCAGGAUCUACUUUGGAAAGGAAACCUUCCUUGUCUCAAGUACAGAGCCGAAAUGAUUUCUUUAAUCUCAUAAAAAUGAAAACUUCAACGAACAAUUCCACAGUUCUCCAAGAUUCAGGUCAUGUUAUUUCCUCUCCCACGGUGGAGAAAUCUGAUGUAGUAAGUGUGGAAGUAGUCAGUGCCCCUGCAAGUCCCCAUGCUACUAGGAAUGGUGCUGAGAUGACUAUUGAUGGUGAUACAUGUGAUGAGGUUCAGAGGUUUGCUGUUGGAGAGAACAACAUGAGUUCCAGUGAAACUGUUUAUCCAGAUGAGAAAGAGGCUGCUUUCCUUCGUUCCCUUGGCUGGGAGGAAAAUUCUGGUGAGGAUGAAGGCCUUACAGAGGAGGAGAUCAAUGCUUUUUAUCAAGAGUACAUCAAACGGAAGCCAUCCUUAAAACUAUGCCGAGGUAUGCAGCCAAUACUUUCAAAGCUGUCUGAAUCUCAUUUGACAAGUUUUGGUGGAGCACCCUCUGAGUUGAGCUCGCCGCACACUGGAUCAGAAGCUUAAUUUACUACUUCUCGCCUAAGAGAUUCAAGAACUUACCAUUUUUUUUUUAUGGCAGAUGGUUUCUAUUUUCUUUUAUUUUCUUUGGUUUUGAAGAAAGAGUGGUAUGAAUGAAGAGGUUGGGUUUUGGUUGGAAGUCUGCAUUUUGCAUAAUGCAAUAAAUGGAAGGUGCCCCAAUCCUGUCUCCUAGAACGGGGAAUUCAUUUUUUUUUUUUAGGUUUCAAGGUCGGCUGGGAUGGAUAGGGUUAGGGAAUAUUUUGUCUGUAGUGGAAGAUGCUUUGGAAGUAGCAUCUUUUGGGGGGUAUUUUGGUUCUUUUCUUCCUUUUCCUUUUAAAAUAGGGUUCAAUUCUACAAGAUAAAGUUUAUGUUGUUUUUGGUCAA